UGGUGCUUUCUAAAUUCGAUUGACGUGUCGAAAAAAUAUAUACAUAGCGCUAUCGUAUUUUUGAGGCCGUAGUUGAAUUUCCUAUUUAUUCUUCUAAAACAAGCGCAAAUUAGAAUGAUAAGCACUAGUAUUAUUACAGUGCUUGCUACACUGUUAGUUUUCCCUCUUUCGAAUGCUUUAUACUUUCACAUUGGUGAAACCGAACGUAAAUGUUUCAUCGAAGAAAUACCGGAUGAAACCACCGUAGUAGCUAAUUACAAGGUGGAACUGUACGACCCCCGGUCCGGAGGAUUCAUGCCAUCAUCCCCUGGAAUUGGAAUGCACGUAGAAAUCAAGGACCCAGACGAUAAAAUAAUCCUAUCGCGCGUCUACAGCUCCGAAGGACGGAUUUCGUUCACCUCCCACAUCCCUGGAGAACACGUACUUUGUAUGUAUUCCAAUAGUACCGCAUGGUUCAGUGGUUCACAGCUUCGUGUUCACCUGGAUAUUCAAGUCGGUGAACAUACCAUCGAUUAUGCGAAUGUUGCUCAAAAAGAAAAAUUAACUGAACUGCAACUACGCAUUCGGCAACUUUUGGAUCAAGUGGAUCAAAUUACGAAGGAACAAAACUAUCAAAGAUAUCGCGAGGAACGUUUCCGUCAAACAAGCGAUAGCACCAACCAGCGCGUCUUGUGGUGGUCUUUAGCUCAGACAAUAGUACUCGUGAUAAUGGGAUUCUGGCAAAUGAGGCAUCUUAAGAGCUUCUUUGAAGCAAAGAAGUUAGUUUAAUUAAACAAAGCACAUGGCAAUGUGAAUCACAAUGGUAAUAAACUUUGUAAAAUUGGACCAAUGUGAUUGGCUCGAAUUGAAGAUCAUU